CGAACCCCAAGAAGGCCACACGAAGAAAAGCAAAAGAACAAGGGAGGAGAGAGGGGGAGGGAGAGAGCUGAGAGCUCACUCAGACCCAGCCAGAGAGGCGACGGGGCCCGUGAGCCGUGAUUCCCUUUCCCUUUCCCCCUCCGCUCCCAAUCCACAAAACCAUCCGCCGCGCGCGACGGCGAAGCAAUGUGAUACAAGCCGCCGGGGCUAGCCAGCUGUUCGGGGUCGGCGUAGAUGGUGCUGCAGAUGGAGCCGCCGGUGCCGCCGCCGCGCCGGUCGGUGUCCACCACAUGCGACCUCCACCCGGAGGAGACAUUCACGGGCUUCUGCGCCGCCUGCCUCCGCGAGCGCCUGGCCGGGCUCGAGGCCUCCGCCGCCACGGCCGCGGCGCCGGGCCGCAAGUCCACCUCCGCCAUCCGCUCGCUCUUCUCCCGGCCGUUCAACGCCGCCGCCGCCGCCGCGGCCGGGGGGCCCUCGGGAUCCGGCGCCGCCGCGCUGCCGGACCUCCGCCGCUGCAAGUCCUUCUCCUGCGGGCGCGGGGGCGACGCGCUGGCCGCCGCCGUCGCCGGCGCCGGCGGGGCGUACGAGCCGCAGCGGCGGUCCUGCGACGUGCGCGGGCGGAGCACGCUCUGGGCGCUCUUCCACCAGGACGACCGCGAGCGGGUCCGCGACGGCACGGCGUUCGGCGCCUUCCCGGCCUCGUCCUCCGCCGCCGCAGCCGCGCUCGCCGCCGAGGUCCUCCCGCCCCCGCAGCCGCCGCCUCCCCCGCCGGCGUGCGUCCCGGAGGUGUUCUUGGAGGAGGAGAUCGCCGUGGCCGAGGACUCCGACGAGAUUGUUACGGUGGUGGAGCCCGUCUUGGUGGUGAACACGUCUGGUGAGAUGGAGACCGAGGCCUAUGCCCCGGCGCGGGACGUACGGGCCAUGAAAGAUCACAUAGAUCUCGAGUCCUCGCAGUCGCAGCUGCCCAAGAAGCCGCCGCCCAAGGACAUCAAGGAGAUUGCAGGGAGCUUCUGGCUCGCCGCCUCGGUGUUCAGCAAGAAGUGGCAGAAGUGGAGGCGGAAGCAGAAGAUGAAGAAGCAGGAGGCCGCGGGCAGCAAGGCUGCGGCGGCGGCAAUGCCCCCACCGGAGAAGCCGUACAAGCCCUCAUUCCUCCGGCGGAGCCGCUUCCACCGUGGCGAAGCCGGCUCGGAGUUCGCUGGUGGCCGGCGUUCGUGCGACACCGACCCAAGGUUCUCCCUUGACGCCGGCCGCAUGUCCGUCGACGAUGUGGGCUUCUCCUGGGACGAGCCCCGCGCGUCCUGGGACGGCUACCUGUUCGGCGCCGGCACCGGCAUUGGCCUCGGCCGCGCGCCGCCGCCGCUCUCCCGCCUACCUCCCAUCCUCUCCGCGCUCGAGGACUCCCCCGCCGGCGUCGUCGAGCGCUCCGACGGUCAAAUCCCCGUGGAGGACGACUCCCAGCCCGAGCCCGACGCCGACGCCAACAUCCCCGGCGGCUCGGCACAGACGCGGGACUACUACCUGGACACAUCAAGCCGGCGGCGCCGGAGCCUUGACCGGUCCAGCUCCGUGCGCAGGUCCUUCGAAGUCGCUGACCCAAAGCCAGUACCCGUGCCGGUGCCUGUGCCUGUACCAGUGGCCGCGCCGGCCGCCAUUGGCAAUGGAAAGGAAUCUCCUCUAAUGGGCAGCUCGGAGUUCUACCACUUCCACCACGCCGAAGACCUGCUCGACCGCCACCGCUUCAGCACGAGCUCCCUCGUCGAGGACUUCUCCGCCAGCCUGGACGGCGCGUUCCACGGCCCCGCGAAGAAGCCGCGGCGGUGGCGCAAGGCGUGGAGCCUCUGGGGCCUGAUCCACCGCCGGGCCGCCGGGCGCCGCUCCGACGCCGCGGACCGCGCGUUCUCGGAGCCCUGGCCGGAGCUGCGCGCCCGCGGGUACAACGGACGGAUGCAGCGGUGCAACAGCAACGCGAGCGCGCGGAGCUCGUUCAGCAGCAACAGCGGCGGGCUGGGCAGCUCGCGGCGCAGCUGCGCGGACGCCCACGGCAACGUGAAGCGGCGGCGAGAGGAGUGCGCGGCGCUGGAGCGGAACCGCAGCGCGCGGCGCUCGCCGGGGCACGCGGACAACGGCAUGCUGCGGUUCUACCUGACGCCGAUGCGGAGCGCCAGCGGGCGCCGGGCCGCCAUCCUCCCGGCCAAGGGCGGCCGUCAGCUGAGGUCGCAGUCGUUCGCGCGGACCAUGCUGGGGCUGUACUAAGCACUGACGGCGGCGAGGUGCAGAUCAGGCUGUUGCAUUUCUUCUGUAGCUGAUGGAUUAGAUGUUCAGGAGUUUGGGCAGUGGUGGUAUAACCAUAAAUCGCUUACAUCCAUGUGUAGCGCAGCGAUCAUUUUGUUCAUUCGGGGGUUGGAUAAAAUGAAGUUUAAUCUCAUGAUCGCGUCCUGUUACUCCGUGGCGUCGUGCUACGCAUCCAUUCUUCCAUGGCUA